AUGAACGAUCAAACCCCACUAUUGAAAAAUAAUAAUCGUCAUACUUAUAACAAUAGCCAUAAUAUCAUCGAUAAAAAUGAUGACGCUGAACCCACCACAUAUUCAUCUGUAAAAACUUUAUUAUGCUGUUCAAAUUUCAAUUAUCUAUUAAUAUUUAUUCCGUUUGGGAUAUUGUCCAAAUUAUGUGGAUGGUCGGAUACUUGGGUGUUUUGCCUGAAUUUUAUGGGAAUCAUUCCAUUAGCCAAUUUAUUAGGAUUUGCAACCGAAGAUAUUUCAUUACGUUUCGGCGAUACAAUUGGCAGCUUGUUAAAUGCAACUUUUGGGAACGCUGUCGAGUUAAUUAUUUCUGUGGUCGCACUAAACAAUGGUCUCAUAAGAGUGGUGCAAGCCUCAAUCCUUGGAUCAGUGUUAUCGAAUUUGCUACUAGUCCAAGGAGUUUGCUUUUUCCUUGGAGGAAUAAGAUACUCGGAACAAUUUUUCAACGUCACAGCAGCACAAACCUCCGCCUCUUUACUCGCUCUCGCCAUGAUUUCCUUAUUAAUUCCGGCUGCAUUUUACACCUCCGUAGAUAGCGAGAAAGCAAUCGAUGGAAUUUUGAACCUAAGUCAUGGCACAGCAAUCGUCUUAUUGAUUAUUUAUAUCAUGUAUUUGGUGUUUCAACUUAAAACCCAUUCUCAUCUGUAUGAAAGUGAAACUAUUGAUGGUGAUGAUUCCCCGCAAAUGACUAUAUAUGUUUCGAUUGGCAGUCUGUUAAUUAUUUCAAUUAUCGUAUCAAUAACUGCUGAUUACUUGGUUGGAAGCAUCGAAGGAUUGGUUGAGAGUUGGAACAUCUCAAGAACAUUCGUCGGUAUCGUGUUAAUACCGAUUGUUGGAAAUGCGGCAGAACAUGUGAGUUCAGUUACAUUCGCAUUAAAAAAUAAGAUGGAUCUAUGCAUUGGCGUCGCCAUCGGUUCAAGCAUGCAAAUAGCACUCGGAAUGACUCCUUUGCUCGUCAUUCUAGGUUGGUUCCUCGGCGAACCAUUAACCCUAUUUUUUGAGAGCUUUGAAACAUGUGUCCUUGUCGUCGCGAUAUUAAUUGUCAAUUACUUGAUCGCUGAUGGAAAGUCGAAUUGGCUUGAGGGUGCUAUGUUACUGGCUGCUUAUGUAAUAAUAGCAAUGGCGUUUUUCUUUUACCCAGAUGAUGGGCAAGUGAGCUUUAUUCCAAAACCGGUG